AUGUUCCUCUCCUACACAGCAGCAGCACUCCCACUGCUCUCACUACUGGCAAACGCACAACAACCCCCCUCCAACAGAUCCACCGCCUCCCUCACCGAAGUCCUCUCCCAACACGCCAACCUCAGCUCCUUCCAAUCCCUCCUCGAGACGCAAUUCCCCGCCAUCCUCAAAGCCCUCGACACCUUCGACGCCACCUCGGACCCCAUCACCAUUCUCGCGCCCAACAACGACGCCUUCGACUCCCUCGUCAACUCGCCCCUCCUCUCCGGGCCCUUUGCCAACAAUGACACCGCCUACAUCUCCAAGGUCAUCGCGUACCACUCUAUCAUGGGCGAGUGGACGAGCAAUACGCUGAAUACGAGUUUUCAGUGGUUGCCGACCAUGACGAGUGGGACGAAUUUUAGUUUGGUUGAGGGGGGCCAGAGGGUUGGGGGUGUUUUGCAGCCGGGGGAUAAGAAUUCGAGCUUUUAUGAGUGGGAGAUUGUGUGGGUCAGUGGGGAGAGUACGAGGAGCGUGGUUACGGUGCAGGAUGUGCCGUUUAAGGGAGGCUUCAUCCAAGUCCUCAACAACUUCCUCAUCCCACCGGACAACUUCGUGCCCACCGCAGAAACGUACAACCUCGCCAACUACGACUACGCAAUCACCGCCUUCCUCGGAGCCGUCUACUCCCUCGCCAACACAACCUCCCUCGCAAAAUACAUUAACGAAACCCAAGGCAUCACCAUGUUCAUCCCGGCGAACGUCGCCUUCGCCGCCGUCUCCGGCACCCUACAACACUAUCUCGAAACGCCCGAACCCGACCUCGUCUCCAUCCUCUCAUACCACGUCCUCAGCGGCACCUCCGGCCCGCUCUACAGCUCCGACUUCGCCAACGCAACCUCCCUCUCCACCCUCGCCAACACCUCGCUCUCCAUGCGCUUCUACCCCAACUCCUACUUCAUCAACCAAGCCCGCAUCGUCGCCCAAGACGUCCUGAUCUACAACGGCGUCUUCCACGUCAUCGACGGCGUGCUCUCCCCGGACGACGCCGCCGUCCUACCGAACCCCACCUCCGCGACCGCCGCGCCCGUCCUCCCCACGAAUAAAGACGUCCUGGCGGUGAAUGGCAGCGAGGCGCCGUUUACGACGUUCAUGCCGAAUUUCGUCCCGACGGAUUUGCCUGAUGUGAGCACCACGGGGGCUUAUAGUUAUGCGAGUCAGAGUACGUAUGGGGCGGAGGCGACGAGUAGUAAGAAGAGUGAGGCCAGGGGGGUGUUGCUUAGGGGCCGGGGGGAUGAGGGGGGGUUGUGGUUUGUGUUGGGGUGGGUGGGGCUGGGGUUGGGGAGUGCGGUUGUUUUCUUUGGGGCGUUGUGA